GGUACAUAUUAGAGCUCUCUCCUGUUUGUUAGUCCAGAACAAGCUUUGUCGCAUCAAACUGUCUCGGUUUUAAGGACUGUUCACAUCUGGGAGCGCUUUUGAUACUGAGGAUGACACUGCUCAACUACCCUGUUCCGGAUUUGGAAGUGACCCUGCAGGAGGUUGGCCGUGUACUCCAGCUCAUCUUGGGCCCAGAGAAAUACACACAGUACAAAGAUGCCCUUUGCCAGCAGAAGGAGGUUCUGCAAGAUGUCCACCAUCGUUUCGCAGCUGCUGCCUCAGGGCGAGAUAACUGGGUCACCGAGCAGUUUAAGAACCGGCUGCUCAGCUGCCCCUGUCCUCUGCCCACCUCCACCGCCAUGCCCGCUGUCCUGCUCCCGUCCAGGGCCGAGAGAGGAUCCGGGCAGCUGAAGCGGGCAGCUGCCCUGCUGUGGGCAGCAGCUAAGCUCCACAGCGAGCCGUGGUUGCUGGAGGGUGACGGGGCCACAGAGCGCACCCAGCAGUCAGAGGUAUUUGCUGCCAGCCGUCUUCCAGGUAAAACUGAGGACCAGCUAAAGGUAUAUCCAGACAGCCUCCACGCUAUCGUGCUUUGUCCAGGUGGGAUAUUUCCUAUCCAAAUUCUGCACCGCCCCUCCCCAGGAUCGCCACUCUCUCCACUACCUUUCCUCGACAUCUACAGUCAGGUUCAGGAGAUGGCUAGCCAACCAGCAGCAGGCCCGGACCAAGACCCCACCCCUAUCUGCAGCUUGUCUGCCCUCCAGCGCCAGGCCUGGUCCGCCCUUAGGGAGCAAAUCCUGCAGCAAGGGGGCACUGCUGCAGAAUCGCUGGGGCUGAUGGAGAGUGCCGUCCUGGCCGUCUGUCUGGAGGACUGCUGCCCACCAGCGGACCUCGCAGAGACCCUCAAUGCCGUGAGGCUGGGUGGAGGAGAUGGCCAAUGUCUGAGAUAUUACGAUAAGGUGGUGAAUUUGGUGGUAUUCAAGAAUAGCACAGCAGGCAUGGUGUUUGAGCACUGUGCGCUGGAUGGCAUGGUGGCAGGACUGGUGGCUGAAAGCGUAUGGCAUCUCUCUGAGUCUCUCAACUUGGAUCCAUGUCAGCCGCAUGGUCAGACCACUGCAUCACCCGCCGCUAAAAACAUUAGUUCCUCACCUCUGAAGCCACUGAAUUUCCCUCUUAAAGCCAUAACAAUGCCGGCUCCUGCUGCCCUUGGUCUUGCUCUUCAAGCCACCCAUCCCAUCAUAACUUUUGAGUUUUUCUCCUACCCAGACAUCUUCACCACACUCCGGGGUCACAGGGGUUUAUUUGAUGCAUGGAUCACCUUCUCUUUACAACUUGCCCUGAAGCAGACCUUGGGAGACUCAGCCGCAGGCCUCAUCCUGGUCACACCCACUCACAUGCGCCACUACAAGCAUGGCCGUUGUGACCCAACUUAUUCCUUCAGCACGCAAACACGCCAGCUUGUGGAAGCUCUGAUGUCCUGUGCCAGUGAAAAAAAAGAUUCCCCUCAAUUUACGAAGGAGCUCUUCUCUCUCUUUCACUUAGCCUUCCUGGAGCAUAAGCGUCUUAUCAAAAUCACCAAGAGUGGUGAUGGCGUGGGUCCUCAUAUAGCAGCCCUGCGCUGGGGCUUAAGUGAAGAAAACCCAGUCAAAGCAUUCCUGGAACCCUUUGGUUCACCCUCCAUCUACCUCACAGGAAAAGAUUUAAUGGAAGGGGUGGAGUGUGCAGUGGGAAAUGUGUAUGCUCGCGACCAACUGGCUGUCACUUAUCUUGGGCGGAGAGACCGAGUUCGCAUGUUGCUCAAUGGGAAAGGUAGCUUUGCCAAACUGUUAAAGCACCUGCAAGAGUCUCUAAAGGACAGUCUUAACAUGGUGAUGCUUCUGGCCUUGAGGUAUGCCAUUGCUGGGCAGAUGGGAGCUCUGGAAUGCCUGUUGCAGGAAGAAGAAGUUAGGGUCAAUGGCAAAGAAUGCCAAACUGACUCCAAUGUAAACUCAUCUCAGAAUUCAGAUUUCACUCUGUUGAUCCAUGGCGGGGCUGGUGAAGACAUACUGCUGAAUCAGAAGGUGAUUGAUGUGGUUGAGUUCUCCUUGCAGACAGCUCUGUCCCUAGGAGCACAAGAGCUGGCGGGGCGAGGCAGCAGCCUGGAUGCAGUGCAGAAGUGCGUGGCCGCCCUUGAAGACUGCUUCCUGUUCAAUGCUGGCAAGGGGUCCGUGUUCAACCGGGAUGGGAAACAGGAAAUGGAGGCAACCAUAGUGGAUGGCACUGGGAUGAAUGCAGGAUCAGUGGCCUGUGUGAGAAAUGUGAAGAAUCCAGUUAAGGCAGCUCGUCAGGUCAUGGAGAAAAGCGGACACACCCUGCUCACUGGAGAGGGAGCUGAAGAGUUCUUAGAAGGGCUAGAAAUGAAAGAGAAACCAGUGGAGGCUAAGUACUUCCACACACAUUUGCGCUGGAAGGAGAGGGAAGUGAUGUGUAGCAGUGGUAAUGCCUCCAAGAACAACCAUCCCCAAACUGUAGGUGCUGUUGCCCUGGACUGCUGGGGAAAUCUAGCUGCUGCAACGUCCACAGGUGGGAUAGUUGGCAAGCGAAAAGGUCGAGUAGGGGACACGGCAGUAGUGGGGGCAGGGAUAUAUGCAGACAAAAAAAUUGCUGUUACCUGCUCUGGUAAUGGAGAUGUCUUUCUGAGACACACAGUCGCUCACAGAGUUUCCAGUCUUUACCAUUGCAAAGGCUAUAGUCUUAGAGAGGCUUGUCGGGAGGUGCUAUCAGGGAACCUGGAUGGUGUAUGUGCAGGAAUCAUUGCUGUUGAUGCUAAGGGCGAGGCAGUCACUGAAGUAAAUGCUGGAGUGAUGCUCACUGGAUCUGUAAUUAAUGGCAUUGCAAAAGCUCAAGUUGUAAGGCCCUUGAAGAGUUGUUCUAAUGUGAUUUGGGAGACAGAGCAGCUGGUAGCUUACUUGCACUCUGAACCAUGGACCCCAGGGGCAACCAUUGUAACACAGAAGUAUCACAGUAGAUCCUACAGCAUCUUUCAUUUAGCUGAGCAUGAGUUCAUGACCCUUCUCCUAGGGGCACGGGAAGUUGCUCAUUUUCUUUGUGAGAAAUUGGGCAUUGUGCACUGUGCCUUAGUAUCCAAGCCAGAUCCAGAGCAACCAGCCCAUAUCAGAGUGUUGCCACUGCAUGGAUUGGAACCUAAUUGGAGACCCCACAUGGCUGAAGAGGAAGACUUCCAGCCUCAUGACCCAGGAUACUGCACCUCUAAGAAUGGCCCACGCUGGGGGGAUACACAGCUGGAUAAGAUCCAUGCCAAAAUUCAGGCUCAACUUCCAGAACCAAAAACACCAAAUAACUACACUUUUCUGGGGGAUCCUUCCCAUGACAGCCUGUUCUCCCGCAUUGUGCUUGGUAAGGAGAAACAUUGGAGGGUGUGGGAAGAUGGUGAACAUGUGGCCUUCCUUACGCCUUACCCUAACACACCAGGUUUUACUGUUUUAGCACCACGUCGUCCACUGUCCAGUGACAUAUUCCGUCUGGGGAAGGCUGACUACAAGGCAUUGGUCCUGGCUACCAGUAAGGUAGCUCAACUGUUGGAAAAUGGGUUGGGUGUUAAAGAUGUAGCACUCAUCUUUGAAGGUUUUGAGAUUGACUAUGCCCAUGCCAAGUUAAUUCCUUUGCACCCUCCACCUGCUAACUCCCCUGCCACAGCACCCCUCCAGUUUUGUCCCACAUACCCUGGAUACAUAUCUUCGGUCAAUGGCCCCUCUGCCAGCCCUGAGAAACUAAGAGAGAUGCAGACAAAAAUCACACAAUGCAAACCACCUCACUCCUGGAAGAGUCCUCAAGAUCAUGCUGCUCUUGCAAUGAAGAGCCAGUGGUACCGCAACCUCUUUCAAAUCCAGAAUACCCUCUUCCAUGAAACUGUGGAAUACUUUCAUAACAUCUGCCGGUAUGCGUAUGCCUUGACACCCCUCACUACUGAUACCAUCUCCUCACCCAUGGGGCUGGGGUCUGACUCUGAACCCGUAUAUGUCAAUGUGAUGGGGCAGAAUGUGUACCUGGCUGACUCCAUGCAGUUCGUGCUGGAGUAUUUUUUACGUUUCCAAGAGGACUUGCCAGGAACAUACUAUGUAUCACCCAGUUUCCGGGGGGAAGACCCUGAUGCCACACACCUGAACCAGUUCUACCAUGUAGAAUGUGAGCUGCUGGGAGACAUGGAUGCUGCCAUAAAGGUGGCUGAAGGCUAUGUAGCCCAUAUCACCCGUGCUCUGCUCAAGAUGCAUUCCAGCAUCAUUCUGAAUUCGGCAGGGACCUUGUCGCAUGUUGAGGGAUUACUGAAGAAGUUGGACAACCAGGCACCUCUUCCACAAGUCACUCUUGAGCAGGCCAUAACCAUGAUGCCCUCUGAGGACUGCUUUGAGUGGGUACAAGAUGGGCAGCCCCAAUUUGGCAGGAAGCUGACACGUAAAGGUGAGCGGGUUCUGAUCAAGAAGUAUGGGAGUGCCGUUUGGCUGACAGAGAUGGACCACCUAGGGGUACCAUUCUACCAGGCAUAUGUAGAUGGUUCGGGAAAGCAGAAAGCCAAAGCGGCUGACCUCCUACUGGGACUAGGUGAAACAAUUGGACUUGGGGAAAGGCACUCCACAUCUGAGAUGGUGCAAGAGGCUCUUAGGCACCAUGCCGUGCCAGAAGACUCCUACAAGUGGUACCUUGAUAUGCGUCAAAUUGCACCUUUGCUCACCAGUGGAUGGGGGAUGGGCACAGAGCGUUACUUAUGCUGGCUGCUGAAGCAUGAUGAUGUCAGAGACAUGCACAUCAUACCAAGGAUGAAGGCAAAGAAAUUCAUGCCAUAAAAGACUGGGAUGCCUUUCUGCCUUUCCAACCAAAAACUCCUGUAAUCCUCACAAACAUUGUAACUUCACUUAAAACCUGUUUAUUGAACCAUUGCCCAUUGUUACCUACUGUCCACUAUGACGGAUCAGUACUUGUGGAACUGAGUAGAAAAUAUCUAUUUAGUGACUGCACAUUAUAGUAUUUAGAUACUGUAUGUCAUGGAAUGUAAGAUAUAUAGUGAGUGAAUUCUUAGUAAAUCUAGAACUUAUCAAGAAAAUGGUGCCAAACCAUUAUGGAUCCACCAGAACACUUUAUGUUGUUGUGAUUGAAUUUUUUAUUCAUGAACUCUACUUAUGCAUAUCUGCAAAACACAAAUAUAUGUAUAGAAGAGAUAAAUGUAGACGAUUUAAUUUCCUUGAUGUCUGCAGUGUUGAAUGUAUUACAAUGUUCUGGCUACAAAUGAAAUUGCCCCAGUAAAUUGAGUGUACAAUUAUAAAAUUAUAAAUUGAACU